UUCGAAGAGGACCGGUUCGCAGACUGCAUUCAGCGGGAGGGUCGAGGUGCCUGGAUUGGUUGUCAAGAAUCAAGAGUCACAGUCUCAAGAGUGAAGAGAAACCCCAGGCUCCAGCUCUGAAGAAGAAAUAAGUAAAGGUAAGUCCAGGUUAUCAGUGCACUGCAGCUGGAAGUUGAGCCGCUCGGUAACUGCCAAAGACGCGCUGUGCAUUUCUGUUGAACUGCUUAAGGCCUUUAAAUUCAAGAUGGGGAAGCAGAAUAGCAAACUACGGCCUGAGGUGAUGCAGGAUUUGCUGGACAGCACAGACUUCACGGAGCAUGAGAUUCAGGAGUGGUAUAAGGGUUUCCUCAGGGAUUGCCCUAGUGGGAACUUAUCAAUGGAAGAAUUCAAGAAAAUUUAUGGGAACUUCUUUCCCUAUGGGGAUGCUUCCAAAUUUGCUGAGCAUGUUUUUCGCACUUUUGAUGCCAAUGGAGAUGGAACAAUAGACUUCCGGGAGUUUAUCAUUGCACUAAGUGUCACAUCAAGAGGCAAACUGGAGCAGAAGCUAAAGUGGGCGUUCAGUAUGUAUGAUCUAGAUGGAAAUGGAUAUAUCAGCAAGUCAGAAAUGCUGGAGAUUGUUCAGGCAAUUUAUAAAAUGGUUUCUUCUGUGAUGAGGAUGCCAGAGGAUGAGUCUACACCUGAAAAAAGGACAGAAAAAAUCUUCAGACAGAUGGACACCAACCGUGAUGGAAAGCUAUCCCUUGAAGAGUUCAUCCGAGGUGCCAAAAGUGAUCCUUCCAUCGUCCGCCUCCUUCAGUGUGAUCCUAGCACUGCUGGUCAAUAUUAGUUCCAAAGUGAAGAAAAUGACAGUUGGUGUGGCUGUGUUUCUGCUUUCUGCCAUUAUGUCAUUGGUGGCUCAGUCACUUCUUCAUGGCUGCAUCUGACAUCGUUCAGCCUGUUUGUUUUUUUAAUUCUCAAUUUGUAACUGGCUGUUUAACUAAAUGCUGUCUGAAAAUAUAUUACACAGCCUUUUUCGGCAGUGUGAAUGCAUUGUUACCAUAAUUAUAUUUACCUUGAUCAAAAAUCUUAAAGUUGUUCUUUUUUAAUUUGAACUAGAAAAAGGCUUUGAUUUUAUUUCUAUUCAUGAUGGUCUUGCACCUCUUGUAUGCAGAGUUUAAAGAGAACAGAUACUUAUGUCUGUGUGAGACAUAUCCGAGUCAAUCAGUCAGUGGUCACUCUUUUUACUGCGUUCAGAAAGAAGGAAAAGUUACCAAAAAACAAGCAGAAGUCAGUCAAGUGGAUGUUUGCAGCCUUUGAAUGAUGAGUGAUGCUAAUAUUCUCUAUAUAUUGGUGUUAGUUGAACCCAAUGUGUUUAGAAUUGAGAGUAUAUCUUUCAUAAGUAUGAGAUUCAAUUCCUGUAGAGUUGAUGAUGGGAGUACACAUGAAUUAGAGUUGGAGCUGUCUUCUGCAAAACAAGUUGGGAAGUCAUAGUCUGAAGAAUAUUUGAAUUUAGAGGAUAUAAAGGAAAACAAGCAGAACUAUUUUUCACCUUAUUUUAAAGCACUCUUGCAUGAGGCUGUUGGAGAUUCACUGCCAAUGUUUUCAUGUAACACUUUGCUAUAACGCUCACUCCCUUUGGAACAAAACCUUAAACUUUGGCAGAGGCAUGAAAUGGGCAGGAGGCCACACGUUAUACAUCUUGCUGUCUUUUUUUUCCAUUGACUGCUGCAAAUGAAAGUUUUGGCCUGGGAGUUGAAAACAACUGUAGCCUUCAGAUAAAAAGAGCAAGAGAUAAUUGGCCAGGGCACUUAGGUGCAAUUCAUUUUAAAAAUGUACAUUCUGUACUUUUAUUAUAUAUUUUGGUAUUACCUUGUUAUUUAUAGUUUAAAUAAUUAACAAAAACAAGUCAAUUUUGGAAGUAGAGUUAGGUGGAGCAUAAGAGUCUUUCUGCAGUACUUACUGAAGAGCUAAGCGAAUCAAAACAGAGUGAGGCACCGCAACAUUGCCAUUUGUGGGAUGUGUAAUUAUAAUGAGACAAGCAUACGUAUCUAGGGUCCAUUUUAAUUAUAGACGUAAGAAUUGAUAAUGGAAACAUGAGCAUAUUGAUUUUUUAAAUAUACUUUCUGGAGCACUUAGUCCUGCAGGCCUUAUUAUAACACAGGUGAUUGGCUCCUUUAAAUUGUAGUAUAAUAAUCAUUGAGUGUAUCUUCAUUCUAUACAAAUCUUUAUUAUUGUUUCUUUUGAAUCUUGUCUGCCAGAUGAAAUUAAGCGGUUAACAAUGUGUAUAUAUGUUUUAUUGUAGAACGGCCUGUCUCUGUGCUACUCACUAUUUCUCAAGAACCAUCAUCUGCAGCUUAUGGAAGUCAGUUUGUGGCACAAAAGGAAGGAUAUUUAUCCUGUUGCGUCGAGCCUAUCUGCCAUAUCUCACUCCCCGCCUUGUAUUCCUAAUUCUCUCAAACACAGAAGGAGACCAUUUGAUCUGUGCCAACUCUAAUCAGUCCCAUUCCCUUACUUAUUUCCCUGUAACUUGUUCUCUCUCACAUGCCCAUCAACUCCCUUUUGAUUUGCCUACCACAUAUUACACUUGGGGCAAUGUAUGGUUACCGAUUAACCCAACUUGCAAUGUGAGAGGAAACCAGAACACCUGGGGGAGCCCACGUCGUCAUGGGGAGGGCAUACAAACUUCACAAACAGCACUCAAGGUCAGGAUUAAGCCCAGAUCCCUAGAGAUAUGAGGCAGCAAGGCAAACUAUUGCACCACCAUGCCAGCUCUUGGGUCCUGGCCUUUUGGAUUAAGGCACUUCAAGUAUUGUUUAAAAUGAGGGGUUCUGCCUCUACCGUCCUAUGGGUGAAAAUCAUUCACCUCACUCACCUCUAAUCUUUCUACAAAUUACAUUUUUGUCCCUAGUUACUGACAUCUCUGCUAAGAGAAGUAAGACCUACCUCUCCACUCUAAAGGGACCCUCAUUGGAAGCAAAUUAUUUUUUGGAUUGACAAAAUGGGAAUUGAGAUAUGCAUUGGUGAAAUGGGGGAACAAUUUGAAAACGUUAAUAGGUUAAUGUGGAGAACAGCUCUACCUAAUACCUAAAGUAGAAAAUUUAUUAUUUUUUCUGCCCAUCAUCUCCCGCAUCAGAUAGCAUUCAAACAUUAAUGCUCAAGUUUUAAGUACGUUAGAUCAGAUGGUAACGUGGAUUUGCAAGAUGUGUUUAUUUUGAUGAUGAAAAUGUCAUGCCCACUGCACCAGUCUGAAAGGGAUUGCCAACUCCACCUGUCACUGGAUUUGUGUCUAAUUGCUACUCAAACUACCCAUUGAUUUGUAUUAGGCCUGCAUGGUUAAGUUUUGAGUCGUAAGCAUUGAAUUGCUUCUUCGAAUGUUGAAGACGAGUGCUGUUUGUUCAUUUGUAACAUUAAAGGAGAAACAUUAGUCAUUAACUUGCCAACAAAUGAAUCCCUUUGGCAAAUACUUUAAACUGCACGUUGUUCGAUAUGUUGCUUUUGCUUUCUUGGGAGAUUGAUGUCAGCAUGGUUGUGUGGCUACGCUGCAUUUCCACAAUAUUGACAUUUUUGUUGUUCUGCACCAUUUUAUUUAAAGUGGUGAUGGAGCACCCUUUUAAAGGAUGAGUCUCUUAUGUGACUGUUCCAUUUAUGCAUUAGCUGAGAUAAUCUGAUGCCAUAAAAAUGUAGAGCUUCAAUCAGUGUCUAUUUCUCUAUGAUGUAUAAAUGAGAUUAUAUUGGUGAAUCUCUUCAAACAUUUCAUUGAAGUUAACUUUCAUACAUUGAACAUGCAUGAAUCUUCCUGUAAAACAGGAAUGAAGAUUUUUACUGUUGUACAAGGAAAAGCAAAGACAUUAUGUGAAAUUCAUUUUUGAAAGAACUGAAUCUCAAGGAAGGUAGUUAUGUUAGGUUAGCCACUUUUAAACCUGCAAGACAAAUUUUUCCAUUGAAAUUGAACAUUACAUUGUGCAACUUUAAUAUUUGAAAGUUUAAACUAAUAUGCUAUGAUGUUGUUAAAAAUAUUUUUUCCACACUAAGGAAUUUAGAGUGCCAUUGCUCCCUUGCACAGUAGCAUUAGUUUGCCAAUACAAACUUGUUCUUAAUUUCACUGUGAAUGAUGGAAUAAGUAGCUUUUCAGAAGGACAGCUUUAGCAUUUUGGGGGGAAAAAAUAGCAUUUGAUGAUGCAAAGUAGUUUGAAGCUACUCAUAUAAGUCUGUCGAUGGUAAUCCAUGUAAUUGUAAGGGUAUGAAGUAAUUUCAUUUUAUCUAAUUCUUUUAGACAUAUAAUUAAAGGGAAAGAUCAUCUGCGCUUUUGCAUUGUGGAAUCCUAAGAUUUUUCUGCCAUAGAGAUGUUAAAAACAAGUAGCACGUCAUUUGUUUUUGAAACAUGACACUCAUCUAAUAUAUUUCUGUUGUUGUGUCACACGUCCGUCAACAAGAGCAGAAAGCCUUCUGAACAACUAUAAGGAGGUAACACUGACACUUUUAAAACAGUUUUUUGUAAGGCUGAUUUCAAACCAUUCUUUCUUUCUUCUUAUUUUUCAAGAAAUGUUUUGCAACCAUUCAGGAGCAUGGAAACAGGAGUAGGCCAUUCAGCCCCUCAAGCUAAUACCCUUGCCUAAUUAAAGAGAAUGAUCAAGUUUUGAAACUUUCAGUUUACUAAGUUUCAGCAACUUUUUGUGGCAAUGUUCCACAUUUCCCCUAUUCUUUAUGUGAAGUAGCAUUCCUCCUUAAAAAAAACUCAAUUAUAAUUCACUUCUGUCUUCGACACUCUUGUACCUGCACACCUUAACCCCCCCAAACAGGAGAAAUAAUUUUCCUCCAACUAUCUUAUCAAAUCAUUUAAUAACUUUAAGUAUCUCAGAUCAUUCUGAACUUUCUGUAUUCAGGAGAACAUAAAACAGCCCAAUCUGUCUUUAUGUUAACCCAAGUAUCAUUACAAUUAGUCGAUGCUGGACCCCUUGGGGCAAAACUUUCCUUGCUAAGUUGUGCUGCCCAGACUUGAAUGCAGUACUCCAGGUGACAUCCCAUUAGAUCUUUAUAUAACCUGAUAGCAGUUUCAUCUCAUUGUAUACUAGCCACCUGAAGAUAGAUACCAAUACUUGGCUUUUGAGAUAAUUUUGUACCGGUGUGCCAGUUCUUGUGAUUUCCAUACUGCUCUUUCAAACUUUUUAGAUCAACAAUACUUAUGAAAUGGAGAUAAGCUAUCUAUAGAUCUCAGAGCCUCUUUUUAUAGCUCCUACCAUUUCCUUCGAUUCCUUUGCUAUUCUUUAUGCUGCUGCCAGUCCUUGGGAUUCCUGCUAUUCUUUGCACAUACUCAAUUUUCUUUUGGACCAAGGUUACUUAAUUAACCAUUUAUGGUGAUUAUCCUUUAAGUGAAUAACUACAAUUGUUUGCCUGUAGCUUUACCCAUUAGUAAGUCUGCCUGGUAUAUCAUGGUCAGUUUCUGUGAUACCCCUCCAAAAUCCAACAUGCCCAAAGUUAAGCUGUGACUUGCCCAUCUGCCAUUCAAAAAUGAUAUUAACUUGGGACAUGCUUUGUGCAUUUAACUAUGUGAUCUCUUAAUUUUGGAUUAUUAACCCAUUCAAGCUCAUUACUUAUCACUAAAUCUAAAAUUUUUGGCUUUCUUAAAGCGAAAAACACAGAUGCUGGAAAUUCAAAAUAAAAGCAGAAAAUGCUAGAGGUACUCAGCAGGUUGGGCAGUAUCUGUGGGGAAAGAAAUGGAAUUAACUGGAACUAUUUUGAUGAAACUUACCAACCUGAAGGAUUAGUUCUGUUUCAGUCUCCACAGAUGCUCCCUGAUUUGCUGAACAUUUCCAGUAUUUUGUGUGUUUAUGUCUAGUUCUCAUUUAAGAAGAUAUUGUACUCAAAAGCUGUUUUGCACACAGUUGUAAAAUUCAGUUACAUCUUGUGCUUGGGCUACUAGCUAGUCAGUUGUCCAGUUACAUUCCAAAAGCCACGGGGAGCUUGUACUGAAAGGUGUACGUGGACAAAAGAGAUAUAAUCUUCUGGUGUUGGGUAGACUUGUCUACUCCCUCCACUAGAUGGGAGCUGUUACUUGGCUUUUGUUCCUUGUUACAAUUUUUCCUUACUUCAUCAUGGUACUUGAUCCAUACUAGAAGUGAAACUUUUACUUUCAAACUACCCUCUUGAUUAACCCAUAGUCGUAAACAAAAAGGCAAACAAAUUAGAUAAUAUUUCCAUUGCACAACCUGCAAGAGAGCAGAGAAUUUGAUUGCUAAAUGCAUUAAUUACAGAAUACUACCUUAAGUACAGUACAAACUUUAAAGAGUUAAGUUUAGUUAUAAUGUGGACAUUAAUAUGUUGUCCACAGUAAAGUAUUCUCCUGCCCCCAUGAAUUGCAAUCCGUCUAAGAUGCUGGUCUGUAUUUGUCUCAUCUGCUUGUGGUCCAUGGAUUCUGGAGUUCUAAGAUGUCCAAUGUUGAUCUCAAAUUAAAGCUGGAAACGAGUUUUGCAAAUGAUUGGUAUUUGUCAAUAUGUUAUAAAUUGCUCAUUAUUUUUAAGCCAUUUAGCUCUGGCUCUUUUGAUCUCACCAAAGCACUUGACAAUCAGACCUUUGAUUAAUGAUGAAUUCAGUGAUGUGUGUUGGAGUACUGUGUCUAAUUCUGGUUGCCUCAUUAUAGGAAGGAUGUGGAAGCAUGGGAAAGGGUGCAGAGGAGAUUUACCAGGAUGCUGCCUGGAUUAGAGAGUAUGGAUUAUGAGGAGAGACUAAAGGAGCUAGGGCUUCAUUCAUUGGAGAGAAGGAGGAUGAAGGGAGACAUGAUAGAGGUAUACAAAAUAUUAAGAGGAAUAGAUAGAGUGGACAGCCAGCGCCUCUUUCCCAAGGCACCAAUGCAUAAUACAAGAGGACGUGGCUUUAAGGUAAUGGGUGGGAAGUUCAAGGGAGAUAUCAGAGGGAGGUUUUUCACCCAGAGAGUGGUUGGUGCAUGGAAUGCGCUGCCUGGGGUGGUGGUGGAGGCUGAUACGUUGGUCAAAUUCAAGAGAUUGUUAGAUAAGCAUAUGGAAGAAUUUAAAAUAGAGGGAUAUGUGGGAGGAAGGGGUUAGAUAGUCUUAGGCGUGGUUUAAAGGUCGGCACAACAUGGUGGGCCGAAGGGCCUGUAUUGUGCUGUAUUGUUCUAUGGUUCUAUGGUUUGCUUUUCUCACACUUCCGAACUAUUAUUCCCUACUAUUAAUUAGCCCCUUCUCCAUGUUAUAUUUGGUAACUGUAUAAAAUCCAGCAGCUUUAUUAAUUUCAAAUCCUGUCUUCAAACAGAUCCACUCCAAUGUUUAAUUCUUCAGCAUGUCAUUAAAUGAGUUGCACAACAGAGCAUGUCAUCAGCAAUGUGCACCUAAUUGCCUUAUCACUAGAAUAAAAAGAACUGAUCCCUCACUAUUCAAUGUGUAAAGCAGGGUAUUCAAAAUAUUAAGCAGCAUAGGUGAAAUUGGAUCACCCUGCUUUAUCCUGUGCUUUAUGAGGACCAGCUUUGUCGAUUCAGCCAGACGUUCUAAUCACCUUUACAGUCUUCAAAUAGGUAUACUUAACGUGAUCAAAUGUUUGUUGAUCUCUUAGCAGCUCAGUGCUUUAUUAGUUAACAGGCCCUACUACAUCAAAGGCCUUAGACAAGUCAACAAAAAUAUUGGCUAAAUUCAUUUUUGUUACAUCCAUCAUAUUAUUUUAAAAGGCAAAUCUCUCGUUACAAGAGGUAGCAGCUAUUAAACCCUUUCUGCUAUCUUCAGAAGAACAGGGGAGAUUGGAUUAUCCUGCUUAUCUCUACUUUCAUUUGGAUUGGAUCAGCCUUAACCCCAUCUCCCUCAAUCACAGUAGAUGCAUCUGUGUAGAAGUGUUCAAUGAGGUCGUUCACACCCUUUUCAGUGCCUUAGAGCAGUUUUUGUCCAAUUAAAUUGUAUGCUUUAGCCAAGUCUGUGAAGAAAAUGCCAAGUCCUUUGUGCAGUAAUUCCUCACAACAUAAUUUUUAAACAUCAAAAUAUAUUUAACCUCUUUGGUCUUUGCAAGAUGCUGUAUUCGUAUGAAAGUGAUGAACCUCCCAGUUAAUUACAUUUUUCAAUAGUUCCAUUCUCGGCCUUAAUCAAUACUGUUUCGCUCUCUUUAAACAUUUAGUGACUGUCACUGAGGAAAACCAUAGUGUGAAGAGUCCUGUAAGCAGGAUUUCAUCAUCUGUCGUGUCCAGCAGAUCUUUGUCAUUCCAUCUGGCUCUGCUGAACUUCCCUUCUUUAUCCUUUUGAGAGCCAGGUCAACUUCCUUCUUUUGAACAGGUUUCAUCAGUUUGUUCUAAUCUGUUCUUCCCUUUUAUCCAGCGGCUUUGGUUAUGUUGGCUUUACUGUUGACCACGUUCAGCUUCACAGUAAAGCAUUGGCUGGUUUUUCACCUUACAUGGCCGACAUUUUGUUGUGGCUGGUGCUCCAUGUUUUAGUGUGCCAGAUACUAAUGACAGGGUCAGAGACUGAAGUAAGUUGGGCAUGGCUUUUGUAUUAACCCAUAUUGUAUUGCACAAUUGUAAGUGAUCCUAUUUCAGUUCUAGGCACUAGAAUUUGCAUUUUAAAUUUAGGCAAGCAUUGACUGUCAUCUCCUAUUUUAGCAAAAUGAGUUCCAUUAGAAAUAAAAUCAGAAAAUGUAACAAGCCCUUAAUGGUAUUUCCAUUUAUGGAAUUCAUUCUAACCAAGAUGUCACAAGAGUGAGAUGUUACUAGAACCUCAGGAAAAAAAUGCAAUUUUUUUAAACUUUCUAUGUAGGUUUUAAUUUACACUUCCUUUUAACACAAAUAUAAAACUUAUUACAUCAUUUGUUUCCUGAGAGCCCAACUAUUGGUUCUUUACAGGUUCCAAGAUAUUUCUCAGGAUUGCCUGAGAAAUAAAAUCUAGCUUCUACUUGCUGAUUGCUCAAUUGAUGACGUUAUUAUGAAGCGGUUUUAUUCUACAAUAUCAUUUUAGUCAUACAGCUGCAUUAAUGUUCAUUUGUUACCCAGUCUUUUUGCAAAUGAUUCCAAAAUUGACUAGUUUUUGAGUCUUGCUGUAUAGGAAUCGCUUUGCUGAUAUCAUUAUUCAUAGUUGCAGCCAAAGACAAACAUUGGGAAUGGAAUCUCUUCCUGCUUUCUGGUACCCAUCCUCUUGGUCUUCCAGAGUUUACCUUCAUUGUUUUUGAUCACAACUCUCUGAUCAUACUACCUAGCCCUGGUCUCUAUAUUCAGAAUCAUAUGUGAUGACAAGCCUGCUGGUUCAUCAGCUUGUGUAGGCUCAUCAUCAUUAUUUCUGUGUUGUGGAUUUCUUUUGAUGCUCCUUCGGGGUGUGUUUGAUCAAUUAUGGACGGAUCUUCCUGAUUCUGAUGUGGUUUGAGUCAUUUUCACUUUCAGAUUGUGCAUCACCUGUGUUUCUCUCUCUACCAUCUUUUGGAGCAUUUGUUACUUAUGUAAUCUGUCUGAGUUCAAUUUCAGACCCUUGUUUAUUGUCUUGUUAACGUUGCAACAUCCUUUAGAUUUUUUUUCUUCUCCAUUCCUCUUGCUGAUUUGGUUGGAGAAGAACUCUUUCAUUAGUCUGGCAAGCUUGGUGCCAGAGUAAGUACACUUAAAGAGCUGCUCCCGGCCUACUGCUGAGUCCGGUUCUGCCUCAGGGGCGUUUUAAUUCAGCCCAUAAUCCAAUCAGAAAUAUUUGACACUUGUGCACCAUCCCAAGUGUCUUUGGGGUGCCUUUCCCUGCCAAAGUUGUGAUAUAUGCAUAUCACCCUCAUUUCAAUUUCUUCACUGAGUUAUUUGGCCAAUGAGAAAAUUGUCACUGAUGCAAAUUGUAGCUUGUGGAAAUAAGAUGUGCAAUUUUGUAUCUAUCCAGACCGAUUCCUUCUCAGGAGAAAUUUUCUAAUGCACUCGUGGUAGACAAGCCUAUUGAAUGGGUCCAUUCAAAAAGUUUUUAUGUAGUUCAUCAGUGUGAUUUGUGCUGCUACGCUGGCAGACUAAGGAGGACCGCAGGCAUUUGCUAUAAAACAUUCAAGUGAUUAGCUCUUGAAACCAACUGUAAAAUUAAUCUACAACAAUUAUUUAAAGUUAAAAGUAGGGGACCUGAGAAAGAAGUUUGCAGUUGAUACAAAAAUUGGCUUUGUGGUUAAUGGUGAGGUGGAAAGCUUUAAACUGCAGGAAACAUUAAUCCAGAAAAAUGUGUGGUAAUGCAUUUGGGAAGGUGCAACAAGGCAUGGAAAUGCAUAAUCAUGUCCACAGAUCCUUAAAGUUGGCAAACCAGGUUGACAAGGAGUUAAAAAGGCACGUGGGAUGUUUUCCUUUAUUAGCUGGAGUGUAGAACAUAAAAGCAGGUAAGUUUUGCUAGCACUGUAUUCAAUGCUAGCUAGAUGACAGCUUUUGAGAGGUGUGCAGAACAGGUUUAUGAGGAUGUUGCCCAUGUUUGGCCAUGUAGAAAGACUAGAUAGGUUGGGAUUGUUUUUCUUGUAUCAGAGGACAUUGAAGAGAUACUUAAUUGAGGUGUAUAAAUGCAGUAAAUAGUAGGGACUCUUUCACUUGAAGAGUCAAAAACUAAAGGCCAUAAAUUUAAAAUAAUUGACAGAAGUAUUAGAGGAGUGAGGAGGAAAAGUUGUUUUCACUCAGACGGGGGUCUGAAAGGGUGGUAGAGGCAGAAAUCCACAUCACAUUUAAAAAGUUCUUGGAUGUGCACUUGGUGGGUUACAGACCAAAGGCUGAAAGGUGGGAUUAGGCUGGGUAGCUAUUUUCCAGCUAGCCCAUACAAGUCCUAGAUCUUGUAUGACUCUAAAAGCUUAUAAUGUUUUAUAUGUAUGACAUCUGAAAAACAAAUUAGAUUUCUACCUAUAAAAAAGGAAGCCCUUGUGGAAUGAUGGGGAAUGUUCAAAAACGAUUGAUUCUUCCAGAUGACAAUACUUCACUGACUUUCCAAUAUUGGCCGCUCCCAAUGACCCUGAAUUAUCCUCAUAUCUAAAGGAGAUAUUGACGACUGCAUCCCUAUUUUUAUGAUGAACAAUAGUGUUGGGUAUCCAUAGAUACCUGGCAGUAUCUAAAAAAUCUCAGCACUUUAAAAACGAGACAACCAGCUCGGGAUGCCUUCUUGCAUAACAUCUCUAAUAUCCAAUUAUGAUGUUUAAUUUGUGCUUGCUCCACAGAGUGGCAUCUGCCCCUCAUGUCCCAGUGAUUCUUUCAUUGACCAGCAUCUUCGACAUAUUCUAUUCCUGCUCAGCCUAGCGAGAGCAAUGUUAUUCUUUACAGGAUAUGUAUUUGAUCUUAAUGGCACUAAUUGGAGAGCUUUUGCAGAACACCACGAUACAUACAGUGAGCUGGAAAAUUGCUUUGUGUUAUGUGUUUCUCGUCCUUGCUGCAUUUGUCAAGAUUAGUUGGUGCAGCAAUUGAAACACAUAUUUAUCCACAGAAUUCAUGACUUCUGGUCCUUAUCUGGUGCUCUGGUCAACAUCAUUUCAUGAAAUGAACAGGCUUAGUUGAAAAGCUUGCCAAUGCUGUAUUCUCCUUCUGCCACAUGUUCAGCUCCAUGAUGGGAAAGUCAAACGUAAAAUUAAAACAAAAAAGAUAAUUCUCAUGGUCUCAUGAGAAUGAGAGAUUGCUGCUGCUGCUGCUAUUACAUUGCUGAGACUGCAUGCCAAUCCAGUUCUUAAUUAUUUUGUACUAGUACUCCAUUCUUGCACAGAAUUACAUGGCACAGAAAGUGGUAUUUAAUCUCUGUCCAAGUCUCCUCUUGUCAAUCUUCACUUAAUCCUAUCAACGUGUUUCUUCAUUCCUCUUGUUCUUUUGCUUUUUACUGUAAGUUCGUUCUUACUGUUCACCUCAACUGAUCUCUUUAAUGGCAAGUUCUGAAUUUUUACCAUCCUUGAAUAAGUUUCUGUUGAAUUCCCUGUGGGAUAUAAUAAUGAAAAAAUGUAUUUAUGGUCCCUGCUUGUGAUCUAUUGAGAAGUAGACAGAUGACCUGUCCCAGCCUGCUGCUCUGUGAUUGUGUCUCUUCAGUGGUGGGCCCAGGCUUUUAUUGACUGCGGUGCUCUUAUGCUUUUACAAAUUCAAAGAGCAAUGGAAAAUGCCAUUUUCUGAAGAAAUCUUAAACUAUUCUCCACUUGUUAUUUAUCCAAACACUUAUCUCUGUUACAUAAUACAAUCAACCCUUUUAAGAAACUCUGGGUUUGAAGUUGAGGUUGGGGAUUAGUUUUUGCAGGAAUAAGAGUCGGUGUGCCCUUACUCCCCCAACUGAUGACAUUUUUGAUAUUUUAAAUAAUUUUAAACAUCAGCAAGAAAAAUAUGCAAAAUAAAAGUGUUCAGGUCAAAAAUGUGCUUGAAGCAUUUUGUUUUUAUUUCAAACAUCCAUUUAUUUUCAGCAUCCACUGCUUUCACUGAUCUACCUCAUUUCAGCAACAACUAAUUGCCAAUCUUUUUUUAGCCUUUACCCACAAUAGCUAAAUAGAUUAUUUAAAGCUAGAUUCAUUAUCACCUUGGCAGUAUUUCAAAUUAAGAUAUUGAGUUCAGUUUUGAUCAAGUCAAAAUUUACCUAGAAAUCUCACCGAUGUUGGGGGAAUCUGAUAGGAUUGGUGUAUUUUACCUUGUAUGAAGGGGUUAAGCUCUUCUCUGAACUACCCUAAAUUGGUGACAAACCUAGCGAUAAUUCUGUGUGUGUGUGUGUGUGUGUGUGUGUGUGUGUGUGUAUGUAUAUGCAUAGGUAAAUGGUAAAAUACUUGCUUUGAAAAAAUGUUAAUAAAUUUACGGUGUGGAUGAUUUUAGUAACUAAGGAGCAACUCCUGUUCAGAUGUCCAAUAAUGUUCAACUAGUUUUACUUCUAAAUCUUUCUGCAUUCAUUCAUGUCUGUAUGGCAGGUUGUUUCAGUUCCUGAAUCAUUUAUAUUCACUGAACUAUUUUAUUUCCUUCCCUAUCACUCCACUUGCCAUUCAUUGUUCCUUACAGUAAAUUGAAGUAAAGGGUGCCCUUUCUCUCCACCAUAUUUUCCCUUUGUCAAGUGGUCAUUACUGGGACUUUGCCACAGAUUACAUCCAUGGUCCCAAUUACAGCAAAACCUUAGAAAACAAAUUGCAACUAGUGUCAUUACUUUUAAUGUUGCUUUUUUUUCAUUACCUUUAUACUGAGUAGACUUACUGAAUGGUUGUCCUUUUAAACGGAGCAUCAUGAUGACAUUAUAAAAACAAUUCUAAUUGUUUUUAAACCACUUGCAGUGAUGGACUUUGUUCCAGUGUACUAUCUAUCUUUAAGGGGUGGUUGAGAACAAAUUCCACUAAUUCGCAAGAAAGACUGUUGGUUCUUAAAAUGAGCCUCAAGACUAUGUUCUAUUCUUAUGAACAUAGAAGUAAAUACAAAAUCAGUAAUCAAACUUAAUGGUCGUGUUAAUAACAAUUCUUCCACUUGAGAAAUAGAUUUAUGCCAAUCAAUCAAACCAAAAGCAAUCCUGAAUGAUCACAAACACUAUUAAACAACUUUGCGGAAACCCGGUCUUGCUUCAAAAUCUGGUUUCUCAGUAGGCUCAAUUAAACUAGAUUGUUGAUUUGAUUUUGAAUUGCAACUACACAUUUCAAUGGCUCAAUCCAUUCAGGAGCUGAAAUUUUCACGUUGAUAUUAAUCCAAUUUACACUGUGUACAGAGGUAAUGUGAUGCUAAACAUUUCAACAGUGUUAUUCACCCGCAUUUGAAGGAAGAAAUGUACUGACUGGAGCACACAGAGCCCUUUAGAGUCAAAUAAUUAAGGUUUUAGGAGAAAUGUCUGUGUAUUCAAAAUUGGAACUGUCUAAUUUUAGUUUAACAGGCCACAAAAGAUUACUUUUGCUAUGACUAGCAUGUUUAGUAUCUGAGCCUUCUCUUGCUUUUGUUAAUUUUUUUGCUUCUACAAAUGACAUAUAUGGAUUCCAAUUCAUUGGUGCAUGGUUGGUUGCCAUUCUAUGUAUGUUGCAUGCUUAUGCCACUUAAAUCUGAUUGUUCCCUUGUGGAUGUUGUAAGGAGGGCAGCUACAAAAGUGUGUGAUAACUAAGUUCAUAAUUUUCAGCAGAUAGGUACUAGUAUGCUUUUAAUACUUCAUGGGGUCGAGUAUGUUUAAGCUGUGAUUAUUGAUUUUUUUUAAAUGCUUACUUUUUAAUUGUAGUUUUUUGUGUAUUUUGCAGUUAAACUUUCUAUUUUUUUUGAUGUUGUCCAAGGUGUUGAAAGAAAAACCUCUUUACAAAAAUAAGCAUUUGUAAAAGAAAAAAAAUUGUUCUAUUUGAUUAAAAUGUUGGAA